UUCUUGAACUUAGAUAUUAAUGUUUUGGGAUUGAAGGUCAGGGGUCAACAAAGGAUUGUGGGAAGUCACGUGACAAGACAACUACUGAGGCGUUUGAGUUUUCAGUUCGAAUUCAGACAGCAUUCGCGCAAGUAACCACUGUGAAGUAAUCCGAACAAAAUGGCGGAAAAGACAAGUAAAGCUCUAGUUCAAGCUGCUCAGAUCGGCUCACUUCAAGGAGUUAAAGCUGCUUUGGAAGCUGGUGCAGACAUUGACCACGCUCAGGAGAUCUCUGGCCUUACCACGUGUACAGCACUGUCCGUCGCUUCCUUUACGGGUUCUGCAGACAUCGUAAAGCUGCUGCUCCACAAGGGGGCAUCAGUAACUAAGAGAGACGGGGGUUCAUUAUCAGUUGUCCCACUUCAUGUAGCAGCGACCCGAGGGCAUAUAGAAGUGGUGGACUUGCUGGUACAUCAUGGUGCAACGUUAGACAUACGGGACGCCUAUCAGAGGACGCCGCUCAUGACCGCCUGUGCGUACAAACAAGUCGGCACAGUCCGGCGACUGAUAGAACUCGGAGCAAGGGUUGAUUUGACCGACGUUCGUGGCCAAACCGUCCAGAAUUACUGCGAGAAGGACAAAGUCGGUGACCGGGAUUUUAAAGAGAUGCACAAGCUGAUACAAGAGGCAAUGGAGACCAAGCUGUCGAGAUGCUGCAACCCUACGUGUGGCAAACCAGGCUACAGGUAGGUUUUGUUACACACG